CAGAAGUACAGGCAGCGUACAGUACAUGACCCCCGCUGAGACCUUGACUCGAUUCACAGGGCCAGAAGAAUGUUGAAGAGUAAAACGUGGCAGUUGACAGCCAUAUUAAUGCUUAUAUCUGAUUGGAGUCAGUGCAUCAAGUCACAAGAAUGUACAGUGGAUCCUCCUGAGAACAUUGGGAUUGAUGACCCUGGCCACCUCGGGCCGCUCUAUAUCCACUGGACGGCUCCAGCCAGCCUGACCAACUUGACUGCCUGCUCCAUGAGAUACCAUCUGGAGUACUUCAACACAUAUCAGAGCAGAUGGACUGUGAUCAGGACUGUACGGACAUGGUACCGUGCUCAGUUUGACCUGGAGAAGGAGGUCAGGGUGCGGAUCUCCACCUUACUGAAGGGAGCCUGCACCAACGGCACUGAGCUCAAGAGCCCCUUCACAGAGAUGGUUCUGCCACCCAAUAACACAGGCCCAGUUGGCUCCAGGGUCCAGGGGUUUGGUUGCGUGUUUUAUCAGAAGGAGUUCAUGGAGUGCACCUGGGAGACGGGCUUGGAGGAGCCAACCCAAUCCCAGUACAGCCUGUACUUUUGGCAUCGGGAGAUGGAGCAAGCGGAAGAGUGUCCUCAGUACAUCCACUCCAAUGGGGUCAGGACUGGCUGCAAAUUCACAGAGGAAUCUCUCUCAGAAUUCAGUGAUUUCAACAUAUGCAUAAACAGCUCCUCUCCCGAGGUGGUCUUGAGGUCGGCGUUCUUCUCCCUGCAAAUUCAGAAUUAUGUGAAACCUGCAGCCAUUGAGACAGUGCAUCUGGAAGCUAGUCCAGACAGGAGGCUCCAGGUGCAGUGGGACUUGCCCAACGAGAGGAUUCCCAGGCACUGCCUUGAGUAUGAAGUGGAAGCCAGAGAGGAGGGCGUAGGCGGGCAGCCAUUGUUGCAGAGGAACGUAACAAAUGAGAUGACGCUGACUUCCCUCUCAAUGGAUGGUGCCCGGAGGAAGUGCUUCCGGGUCAGGUCUAGGAUGCACCACUACUGUGCUGACAGAGGCUUCUGGAGUGACUGGAGCCAUUGGUCCUGUCACUCAGAUACAGAGUCAGAUGCUGUGGUGGGCUGUGCCGUGGUCAUCGGGAUCAUCGUCUCUAUGUUGAUCCUGUCUCUGUUUGGGUGGGCACUAUGGAGAAAGUGGAAAGCCAGAGAGGGGGAAAUGAUGCCUUUCAGUCCCCUGCACAAACUGAUGGAAUAUUCCAAAGGACUCUCUGCUCGCAGUCAUUUCAAUAAAACAAGAGAGAACCAGUAGUAUAGCCUUUGCAAGCAUUACCUUUGGGCAGACAAAUGAUAAAGAGAUCAGAGUUAGACUGGUGUUCACACUUAUUUGAAGCACCCAUGCAAACAUGCUCAAACACACCCAUGCGCACACCCAUGCACAGAAGAAUAGGAAGUGUUCUUACCGAACCAUUUACGUAAUGUAAAACUCCCGGUUUUACGUUACACAGUAUAGACUUAAGAAAUGCCAUAGCUCUUUCCGGUUUGUUUACUUUCCACAUGUCUUUCAUUUAUAUCACAAAUUAUACUUACUGGAGUCGGUUUUUGUAGUUUUAGUUUGAUGCCAUUGCAUUCAGUCGAAUGUAUCUUUUAAGUGCUUUGCAUAGAAUUCCCUGGCCUGUUAAAAUUGGAUGGUGUUGAACUAAUGUUAUGUUUAAUACAAUUUUUUGCUGCUCUAUAGCUAUAAAGAUGCGUUGUUUGGUA